AUGGUCGCCCAUAGAUCGCGCUCCGCCGACCAACAGCGAGCAGCACAGCAGGCAGCACCGCAUGGGGUUGCCAGCAGGGCGUCAAUGCAGCCUGACGCCUCCUCGCCUGUGCCCGGCACACGCAGCGCCAAGGGGGCUUCAGAGGCGCCUCAAAAGGCAUCCAAGCCGCCUAGCGCCCCAUGUGUGACCCAUCCCCACCACCUCCACAGACGUGCCCACCUACCUUGCUGCCUUCCGUUGGUCGCUCAUUGCCACGCCUCCCUCAAGCGCGCCCUGCUCGACCUCCCGCCCGCCUGCUCCCUCCCGGUCGUCGUGCACGCUCUCACGCGCGUGGAAGGUGGCCCGGUGGGUGCCUCGAGUGGGGGGGUGGACACCACUGCUACCUUCUGCUAUGUAGACUUGGAGGUGUGCCGUGCGGUUGGGAUGGGUGAGGCGCAUGACGCGGAUGGGGCGGGUGCAGCAGGGCAGCGUGUGGAUGGCAGUGGGGCGGAGCAGGAGCUGAAGCCUACAGACGUGGUGCUGCUGUCAUCUGCUCUCCCCUCGCGCCCACCCACACUGCUCGCCCCAGGAGUGCUGCACUGCUUGGCGCUGCUCGUGAAACCACGAGGGGCGGGAGGCUGCGCGCCAAGCUGCGUUGCAGGGAGGGGAGGAGCCGAGCGAGGAGGGGGCGAGGCGGAGGAGGAUGCUGAGGGCGCUACUGUGCUCCAAGGAGAGGCAACAGGGGAGGCUCAAGCUGGAGCCAAGAGAGCCGGAUCGGAGUGGAGAGAGCGAAGCUCGGCGGUGCCCCCAGCCAUUGCAGUGGCGCCUCACAAGGCAGCAGCUAUGCUGCAAGCUGUCUCCGCCCUCUGCACUGCCCGCCACCGCAACCACUCCAAACACGCAGCCGUCCUCUCCUGCCUCUCCGCCGUCCUGCCCACCCCCACCCCUCCGCCUGCUGCUGAUCUCCUCUCCCCACCCCCCGUCGAUCCCACUACCGUCCCCCUCUUGCCCUCCUCCUCCACUGCUGAGGUCCCCUCCUCAUCCUCCUCCUCCUUCCCCCCGCAGCCCAAGGCAGGGGUGGCGGGGCCACGGCAGGGGCAGGGGGAGGGGCAGGGGACGACGCAGGGGCAGGGGCGUGUGGGGAGCAGGCAUGGGCUGACCGGGUGGAGAGGCGCAUUCAGCGCUCUCAUGGCCAUGCUGCAGUGCACGAGCGCUCUCAUGGCCGUGCUGCAGUGCACGGGCGCUCUCAUGGCCGUGCUGAGGAGCACGAGGAGGAGCGUGAGAAGGGGCGUCGCACAGCCAAGGAGGAGAAGGUUGGAGGGGGUGGUGGAGGGUAGGUUGGCGGGGACGGCAAGGCGGAGAGUGGCGGUGGCAGGAGGCUGGCUGGAUGGCGGGGCGAGGAGGACAUCGAGGCAGGAGAUCAAGGGGGUGCUUGCAGUGCUACAGGAGGCUACGGUGCUGGCGGGAAUGCCCCAUGGGAGUGGUGGGGCUAGCAGCUAUGCCAUGGGAAAGAAUUGCAAGAGGAACACAACAGUGGCAGAAGCAGGUCAGUUCAUCCGCAGUCUAUUCGAGCACCUGCAAGGCAACGGGUGGGCGGUGCAGCUGCUGAGCGUGCAGUACCGCAUGCACCCCUCCAUCAGCGCCUUUCCCUUGCGCUGCUUCUACCGCGGCCGCAUCCAAAAUGGCGCCAACGUGUGCCGCCCGCAGCACAGUCCGCAGCACUUGUUUGGCGCGUACAGGUUCUUUCACGUGAAGGGCAGGGAGGAGCGGGAGGGCGGGGCUAUGGAGGGAAGCAGCCGCAGCAUUGGCAACUCCGUUGAAUCUGCUCUCGUCCUCACCCUCCUGCACCGCCUCGCUCACGUGUGCAGAGGAGCAGCGGCGCACAUGCAGGAUGGCACGGGGCUGAAGGUGGGGGGGAUUUCGCCGUACAAGCAAGCGGCAGGUGGAGGUGCUGCAGGGCACAGUGCAUGCGAGGGAGGGGGCGUGGAGGCAGCUUCUGGUGAAGGCGGGCACUGUGGACGGAUUCCAAUGCAGGGAGUGUGA